AUGACCACAACCCUACCAUAUCGACCAUCCAAUGGCUCCCUUACGACGUCAACUCAGACAAAUAGCCUCCCAAGACUUUCUCCAGCUCCUUCUAUCCUAGGUCGCUCUCCCAGUAGCUCACAUCGCUCAAUUCGGCGCGCAUCGGUUGAUCCAGCAGGGUACAAGCAAAAAAGAUGCAAGUCACAGUACCCGCUAGAUUCUACGGAGCGCCACGUGGAGUAUAUCCUGGUGGCAUCCUUUCACAUUGACCGGGGACCCAUCAUGGAGCAUCAGUACCCGGCGACGAUUAGCGGCGAUGAGAGUAUGCUGGCAGAGCUGAUGCUUCCGGAUCAAACACACGUGCGGAGCCAAGAUUGGACCAUAUUCUUCCUUCACAAAGACACCAGUGCUGACGGCGAUGAAACAGAGGGCGGAAAGAAAAAGAGAAAGCGCAAGUCAAAAUACCUUGCAAACGAAGAAGCCGCCCAUCUAGGAGGUAGCGAGGAAGAUGAGCUCUCCGAUUUUGAAAGCAGUGACGACGAAGAGGGCGGAGAAGGUCCGCCACUCAUGUAUGUGUUAAAUUUGGUGAACACGAAACAGGAUAAUACGGUGAGAAGGUAUGGAACCCAUCUUUAUUUUGUGAAAAUCAGGCUAAUCAAUUGCAGAGGAGCUGUCGUGAAAGCAAUGGCGAUCUGUACGAGGCAUUCGUUUCUUCAUAUCUACAAGCCACUACUGCUUCUGGCAUUAGAAGAUUACUUCAAGUCACCCUACCCUGAAACGCUCGCUUCACUUUACGACGCAGUGAAUAAUAUGGAUCUCUCGUUGAUGCCAAAAAUGACGAUCCUCGAGCGCCACAUUCUGCAGUCCAGCAAUACGAAGGAGAUGUUCAUCGAGAAAUUUGAACAGAUGCUUCGCCAGAAGGAAGAGGAGGAGGGCAUCGAUGAUGAAGGUCCACCUUCGCCGAAGAAACCGAGUCGAUACGUUCUGCCGAGGGAUACACAUGAGUUCGAGUCAAAAGUGGUUUACAACGAUAUCCCCAUUCCAGUCAAGAUCCCCACAGUGAUUUGGCCCGAGACUGUGGGCGACUUUUCUCUAAUUAAGCUGAUUCAGACGUUUGCCGGACCUCACGCUACCUCACCCCAGCCUUUCCCUCCCCAUGCCCAUCUGACAACCAGCGGGCCAUUCACACAUCCAAUCAUCGUUCUUGUGAAUUCCAUCCUCACGCAGAAACGUGUUGUUUUCUUGGGGCACAAUCGACCAUCUGGAGAAGUAGCUGAGGCUGUUCUCGCAGCCUGUGCUCUUGCGUCUGGUGGGAUCCUUCGCGGAUUCACUCGACAUGCUUUCCCAUAUACCGAUCUCACCAAGAUCGAUGAUCUUCUCAAAGUUCCCGGUUUCAUCGCUGGUGUAACAAAUCCCACCUUCGCUAAUCACCCAGAAUGGUGGGACGUUCUCUGCGACUUGCCUACGGGUCGCAUGAAGAUCUCCACGCAUAUUGAGGCCGCUCCUGUCACAGAGGGGCUUCUCUUCUUCCAGCAGCAAAGUGCCUUGCUACCGACCAACACCUCUUCCAAUGCCAAUUCAGACCCCACUGGAGACAACUUGUUCAUGGAAGAUAUCCUCCGCAGCAUCAGCAACCGCCACGGCGAGAAUGCCAUCCGAGCGAAGUGGCGAGCUUAUAUCACCAAGUUUACACGAGUGUCUGCCUCGUUCGAAGAAACCGUAUACGGUGCUUCAAAUCUUUAUAUAAUAGGCCCUGGAGAAGAGAUGUCCCCGGAUAGUCCUACCGGUCAUCAAUCCGACGCUGCGGAUCCGUCCUCGCUUCGGGGACAUGGCUACGUAUGGGUCGACGAAGUGGCCAAACAACGUGAACUAUCCGCUUCAGUGUCCCGGAUUGAAGGGUGGCGGAACACCCGGUCAUACUACUCAUACAUCCAGGAUAUCGCAGCAAUGUACUAUCCUGCUCGACCAAUUCAGCGACCCGAUCUGCACCACCACCACGACCGGCUCCGCUCGCUAAAGCUCUCCCAUGCCGACGCCGGCGCCAUCUACCUGGCACUUUCCCACGUAAUCAAAGACUAUGCAGGCAUUUGCCAGCUACUGACAGUCGCGCCAGAGAACCAAGCGGGGCUGUUCUACCUGAGCAUGGGCCUCUUCCACCCGGACCAGGUAGUGCGCGAAGCAACGGUAGAUCUCCUAGAAAGAAUCGCUGUGCAUCCAGCCGGCCGCCACUUCUGGACCCACCUCAGCCGCUUCACCAAACUGGGUUAUUUCCGUGUGAAGCGAGAGCGAGACGCAGCCCAAAACCCCGGCUCAAGUCCCAAUUCUCCUACCAUGACGACCGGCACGAGUUUUGGCGGCAGUGAGCCUCAAAGUUUGGUUGGUGUUGCUCUUGGGAACAGCUUUUCAAGAAGGAGUUAG